GUGACGUCACUCCGGGACUUCCCGGCGCUCAGCUGAUUCCGUCCUACUAAUCGCGGUAUUUGAAUGUCUUGGGGUGAGCCAGGUCUCCCAGCACACAGAGGCAUGGCCGCUUUUUCUCUGGAGCCGCUGGGUGAACCAAUGACGUUAGGAUCACCAACAUCUCCAAAACCUGGAGCCGGAGCCCAGUUUUUGCCUGGCUUCUUAAUGGGAGAUAUACCGACGCCAGUAACGCCACAGCCGCGGCCGUCCAUGGGAGUUAUGGAGCUACGUUCCCCUAUGAUGGGAGGCGGCUCCCCUCUCCAUCCUGUAUUGCCAUCUCAUAAAGAUAAAAGCGGUGCUCCUCCAGUUAAGAGUCUUUAUGAUGACAUCACAAGUCCAAGUCUUGGGUCAACGCCUCUUAAUUCUAGAAAACUGCAGCCCAGCUUUUCUGCAAUGCAGACUCCUCUUUCUGGUUUCAUGCCGUCAACUCCAGGUGGAACGUCCAGUGUCUUUAGCCCAGCAACCAUUAAUCACAGUAGAAAAGCGACACUGUCACCUGCUCAGCUAGAUCCAUUUUAUACACAAGGCGAUGCGUUGACUUCUGACGAUCACCUGGAUGAUACUUGGGUGACUGUCUUUGGGUUUCCUCAGGCCUCGGCGUCGUAUGUUCUGUUGCAGUUUGCUCAGUACGGGAAUAUAAUAAAGCAUGUGAUGUCCAAUACUGGAAACUGGAUGCAUGUGCAAUAUCAGUCCAAAUUACAAGCCAGGAAGGCUUUAAGUAAAGAUGGCAAAAUAUUUGGUGACUGCGUAAUGGUUGGUGUGAAACCUUGCAUAGAUAAGAGCAUAAUGGAAAGUGGUGAAAGGACCUCAUUGUCUUCAGUCAACUCUGUCUUCACACCUCCAAUUAAAACAUUAGGUACCCCUACCCAACCACUCUCUACUCCUAGAUCAACAAUGAGACCUCUUGCCGCAGCAUAUAAAGCCUCAACUAGUGAUUACCAGGUAAAUCUGUUUGUUGCAGGGAAGAUUGAGAUCUGGUUUUUCCGACCUCUGUCAGUCAAGGUCCACCACAAGGAGAACCUCUUCUGGUUUUGCAUGGGAGCCAGGUUCCAUCCCUGUCAGGCUCCAGUUCACCAAAAGGAAAUUUCCCUCGAUUGUCAGGAUAUGGUUCUGACU